ACCGUUUGCACUUCUCUUGGGGGGCGUCCCUUCCAGUUGCGUCACCCCGUGCGCAUACGAACUAAGAAGACUGAAAUUUUCCAGGGGCUGCCGACCGAGUAGAAGCUCAUAUCGCUUCGUCGUUCAAAAAUUCCGCUGCUGUGUUUGCGUACAAUAAACGAAAAAUGUUGGAUUCACGAGAGUGAACUAUCCACUCGCACAUGAAAAGUUGAAACGCUGCGGCAGAGAGUUAGUUUGGAUUAUUUUACCAAAAUUUCUUCCGAUAUCCCACAUUGCGCUGGUUGUGUUUGUCAAAAUGCCUAGCGAACAAUGGGCGUGAUUGAACUCUUGCUCCAGGAUGGCGAUUGCUUCUGCACUUGGGGCUAAUCACAUUGGUAUGAUUUGCUCUCCUCAUCCCAAGCAACCACUCCACAUUCUACAUAUAAACACACCCAGAUUCAACAAGUCCAAUGAUUUUCAAAAACUGCCCAAAGGGAUUUCCAGGAGGAGUGGACAUCUCUAUGCUGGUCGAAUGAGCUUUAACCAUGCUGCAUCUGGAAGAGAAAAUCACCAACUGAACUUCAAUGAGGAAUAUCCUCCAGAACCUUUCAUGUUGAGUCUAAUUCGAGAAGGCAUUUGGGGAUUGAGAUCGUUGUUGAUAUUUCUGGUGGAGCAGCCCAGUCAACUGAAGUACAUAGAAUGGCCUAGCUUUCAAAGCACGCUGAAGACUGCUACAUUAACACUCGUUCUCGUUGCACUGUUGAUUGUGGCACUCUCAUCAGUGGACUCGGCCCUCAGCUACAUUUUGACUUUAGUUCUCAGAAGAAGCACAUAAUAGAUUUUGCUAGUUUUCACUUCUUGUUAUAAUGGAUUCUCAGAAGUAAAACUUUGCUUUGCCAUUUUCAAAUUGGUGGCCGAGAGUGAAAGUUCUUGGUAUAUUAAUGUAGUUGGAGAUGUGUUCGGAGAAAGGUAAUACAAAAAGUAAGCUCUCUCUUUGAAAUUGUGCAGCUGUAGGAAUGGUAGGUGAUCCCAUUUUUUCAUCGGGUCCGAGUAGAGAACAAAGGUCUUGAACAACCAUAAAAUGUUGUCUUAAAUGAUUUUUGACACAUACGGACAACUUUCUCGAA